CGAGAAGGGUCGUUUCGGUGGUAAAAUAACAACAAGGUUACCUAUAAAGAUGGGAAUUUCUCACACCACCCACAUUGAUACGAAGGGUACACACAACACAAGAACAUCUUUUCAGGUCAGCAAAAUACUGCCAAUCCCACACACUUUCUUUCCUCUUUAAAAAAAAAAAAACAACAAUUUGGUUUUGUUUCACUCAACACUCUUAUCCAAUAAAGGUUUUACAUCCUGAUUCUCAGUUUCAGCCAAAAAGUCACGACGAGUUUUGAAUCUGAGCCACCUACACACUCACCACAGCCUCCCUCCUCCCCUCUGCAUGACCACAAUGAAGGAAAUCUUUUGCAAAAUGUAAACUACAGACAUCACAUCAACUGGGGCAGUGAGAGCGACAGAAUGGAUCCCCAGCCAUGUUCUAUGAAGAAGGUUCUGCUGCAGGUAUGGCUCAGUCUCCUCACCGUGGCCGUGCUUGCCAUGGGCGCACAACUCGCCUACAUCGUCGCUAAAGGCAACCAAGCGGCUUUGGCGGAACCACACGGAGGCCCAACGUUGAGCAGCAUACAUCAUUACGAUCCAUCACGAGCUCCGUCCAUGUCCGUUGGGGAUUUUCCAGGUUUCUCUCAUUCAUACAUACAAAUCAUGAAAUCAUCCAACAGACAUCCUUGGGAGUCCAGCUCGCCCAUGUGCGACCGAUGCACACUGGCACUGCGCAACGAUUCCAUCCUGUUUGGCCAGGACGGUGUCUACUUCCUGUAUGCCCACGUGACCUUCACAGAACAAUCCAUAAGAGUCGAGCGAGGCAAAAGUGUCAUUGUGACCAGAAACGCCACAUCCGGCAAAAGAGUCAGGAAGCUGGCCGAGGGCUCCUAUCCGGCCGCGACCCACGGUUCCGUGUGGGUGGCCAAGAUGGUGCGGCUCCAGGAGGGGGACAGCAUUAGUAUAAACAUCAGUGGAGACUUCCUGACUGAGGACACGUUUUGGGGGGCCUUUCAGAUCCAUUAACUGAG